AUGUUUCACUCCUCUGAACAACAAGAAAUGAGUAAAGUUGCUACAUAUUUCGGUAGAUUGAAAUGGGGUUUUUUACCUCAGAGAAGAAUUGUCGAUGAAGAUGAGUUCGGUAACUUUAUUGAUACCCAGGAAGAAUCCAGUGAUGUUGACUUGCCAGAACCUCUCGAAAAGUCGGGAUCCAAGAUUGAAGUUCACAUAGAAGUGGUGGAAUCAACAAACUUAGAAUAUCGAGAUGAAAAGAAUCGUCCUUGGUGGAAGUUCUUCGAUGAAUUUGAGUACCGAGUCACUAAGGAAACCAAAGGAAGGCGUAAGUGGUAUAAAUGGUUUCAUGAAGACGAUACUCCAGAAGAACGUCGUCUUAUCUUAAAGAUUGAUUUAUUGUUAACUCUCUACUCAAUGAUGGCCUAUUGGAUCAAAUAUUUGGAUUCAACAAAUUUAACUAACGCGUACAUCGGUGGUUUACGUGAAUCUAUCAAUAUGCAAGGGAAUGACUUUGUCAAUACCCAAGUUAUGUUUACUGUUGGUAACAUUCUUUUUCAAAUUCCUUUUAUCUAUGUCUU